GGCUACCAGGUGACCCCUGGCACCAUGUUGGUGACCCCUGCUGUACCCCGUUCACACUGUAGUCUCAUGGUGCCAUUGAAUUUAUAAUGUAAAAAAAAAUCGAAACGAAAAUACUAAAUGAGCGUUUGGACCUGAGGUGUGGACAUGUCCCCCAGGACAGAUGGGUGUAGGUGUCACAGAAGAAGUUUGACUGAGGAGUAAAUGUAGUACCACACAUGUGCCUUGCUGUCAACUGUAGGAGGAGGAGAAAAGGAAGUAAGACCACAGAGCAGAGGAUGAGAGAGAGAGAGAGAGGAGGGGGAGCAUUUACUCACAGCUUUUCUCCAACAGCCCAAUUCCUCGCUGCUUUUCAGGGCGAGUGGAGCGGAAGACAGAGCGGCGCAAUAGGAUUUUAAUAGAGGACAACGUGCGCGUCGGAGGGAUCGCUGAUUCCCUGCGGCUCGGGCUCCGUGGGAGACGCGGAUACACUUGUACAAGAGAAACAGUUGUCACCACAGAGACACUUGGAGGAGCCGCUGCAGCAGCAGCACACUGCGCACAAGGCUCCCCUCCGGGUACACGGUCGCACCGGUGCGCCGCGCGUCUCUGUGGAUAGACGUGCGUAAUACAACGCGAAGUCGGUCUUUACGCACGGUGUCACAGCGAGCUGGAGACACGAGGACACGGUCCAGGACGCACGAUGCUGAUCGGUACUUCUGCCCAGGGUAGCUCCCUCCUGGCCUCCCUCCCCAUCCCGGGACGGCCCCUCCAGCCUCAACUCGACCUCAAGCACCUCCUGCCCUUCAGACUAAAUGGCUCCUCCCCCCUCAGCCUCUUCCCCAACUUCAACACAAUGGACCCUGUCCAGAAGGCGGUGAUCAACCACACAUUUGGUGUCCCCCAGCCCCUCAAGAAGAAACAGAUCAUCUCCUGCAACAUUUGCCACCUGCGCUUCAACUCAACCAACCAAGCUGAAGCCCACUACAAGGGCCACAAGCACGCCAGGAAACUCAAAGCCAUGGAGGCCCAGAAGAACAGGCACCGACGAUCUGGUGAGGCCUCGAACAUGGGCCGAGAUAGAGACAGAGAUCGAGACAAAGAGCGAGAGAGGGAUCGGAGCAAGACGUCGUCGUCAGAGACAACUCUCCCUGCACUGAUGGACGCAAGCGUGGAGGAUGGAACAGGUCUCCAAAUGGACCUAGAACCAGUCAGCCUGGAGACAAAACUGGAGGAGACUCCCAGGAGCUCUGUCAUGCUGACUCCAGUAUCAGAGGUCUCCUCUGUGGAAUUGGUCAGCCUUUCCCCUCCUCAGAUUUCACCUUCCUUACAGCUCUCUGAAACAGCCUCAGACACCAGUGUGGCAGACGUCCCAGAGGCAGCCGAGGUCACAGGUCUGACUACUGAGCCGGGCAGCCAGGCUGACACGUCCAGCACAUUCGGGGAGACACAUACAGAUGAGGAUAAGGAUCCCAAAAAGAGCAAGGCUCACCUCCACUGUCCUGUCUGCAAAGUGACGGUCAACUCCGUCUCCCAACUUGAAGCACACAACAGCGGCACCAAGCACAAACUGAUGCUGGAAGGUCACAGCGUUCUGCCUCGACGCAGAGGGAAGGUAGUCGCGGCUCGUGCUGGCUGUAAAAGCAAGAGGCUCGGAACGAAAGGCAGCGUCGGUCUCCCCAGCAAGAACUUUCAGUGUGAAGUGUGCGAGAUCUUUGUCAACUCUGAAACACAACUGAGCCAGCACAUGAACAGCAGACGGCACAAAGAUCGGCUGGCAGGAAAGCCUCCCAAACCCAAAUUCACCCCCCACAGCAAGAACCAGCCGAGCUCCAGCUUAGCGAGCGUGAGGUGGAGUGGCUAUGCUGGCGUAGCUGUGUCGGCCAUGAAGAAAGUCUUCAGCCAGCACAACCUCACUUCCCUCUCCUCACAGACCAAGCUGGCCUUGCAGAAGCAGCUGGCCAAGAGCUUGACAGCCGGCUUCCUGCCCAGCCCACUCACUCAAACAACCCUGUGCACAGUUGCAGCUAACCCACUGGCUCUGCGUCACACGAUGGGCACCACCGCCUUCAUCCAGACCCCCUUCCUGGGCCCUGCACUGUUCCGGCCCGCCCCAGGUCCACUGCGGACCACCCACACACCCAUUCUCUUCUCCCCUUACUAAACACAUAACUUUGUUCCCAUUCCGACUCCUACUUCCUACGUCCCCUCGCCAAACACCCAGGCCCGACCUUAGGUGUGACCCACAUGACAUGGCCACACUCAAACUAUGCAGCCCACCUGACUUAACAUGGAAACAGUGUACGAGCUGGAAUCAGCCAUACGGUCUACAGUAAGAGCUGUUCCAACCAUAAAGGCCAAGAGCUCCCGUCAUGCCUUCGUUCUGCUCCUCCCACUCCAACCUGAAGGGGCACUGCAGGCCUCCAGACAUUGACUGGUGCACAGAGGCCACUUUUAUAGCCAUUUCAUGGGUCAACAUGGAUUGGAUUAUGGAUAUAGUUGUGUAUUUAUUAGACAGAAAAUAGAGACCUAACCUAGAUGUACCUUUAGUGUGGUUGGCACAAAAUGAGGUCCCUUUACUUGAUGCUCUUUUCUAAUGUUUUUUUUAACUUAUUGGUAUGAUGGGUAUGAGAAACUGGGUAUUCAUUAUAAAGUAGGUCAUUAAAUCCACUGAGAUUACACAAAUAUAUAGGUGGAAAAGCCAGGCUCGUCAAACUAACAGGAUUACCUAAAGCCGUGUUGUUGUAUCUGGAAUUUGAUCAUUAUGAAACACUGUUUCCUUCAGUAUUUUAUCAGUGUCUGCCCUUUAAAUGUUAGAAACAUUUCUAAGGCGAAUAUGCAUCCUUUUUGAUGCCAGUAUGUACAGUAUUUCAUGAAGACAAGUGGGCACCGUCGUCAUCCCACCCUGUGCCCUCAUUGUGUCACGUUGCCAUGGCGGGGAUAGCCCUCCCUCCUACAGCGUAGCAGUGUUGGACGGCCACCCGGCAAAGUAACGACUCUGACACUCAGAGCUGCACGGAGCCGUCAGACGCCCCGCAGCACGACCUGCAGAGAGGGCCAGCCCAUCAUCGUUUUUGCAAAUGAUGACAACAAGCACAAGCAGCAUUGUAGUAAAAGCCACAACAGCAUUUUCCAAUGAUUUAUUUAAAGUUGCAACUUCAUUCUCGUGGAAUAUGUCGAUUUUCAACAGCAUAUUUUUCAGACAUCUACACGCACAAGCACACGUACUAGUCGACGCCUUAGAACAGGCAUGGGCAAACUAAGGCCCGGGGUCCAGAUGCGGCCCGUUCAGCCUUUUAAUCCGGCCUGCCAAACUUUUUUU